CAUUUUUAUAUGCGUUUUAUUUUACAUUUCUUAAAUAUAUCAAACCAUGUAUAACUUUUCAAACACUAUGGGAUACCCUUCCCUUAUUUUCUUCAACAAAUCGAUAAAACACCCAAAAACUUCCUUCUUUUCUUCACCCUUUUUCUUAUAACUCAAUUUUUCACUUCAAAGUUUGUAUCUUUUUGGUUUUUUCAAAAAUGGGUUUUGUUGAAAAGAGUCCAAAAAGUGCUUUUCAUUUGAAUCGCCAAAAUUUUCAUAAGCAAGAGUUCAAAGGUGUUCCAAAAGGGUUUAUGGCUAUAAAAGUUGGUCAAGGCGAAGAACAACAAAGGUUUGUUGUUCCUGUUAUGUAUUUCAAUCAUCCACUUUUCAUUCAACUUUUAAAAGAAGCAGAGGAAGAAUAUGGAUUUGAUCAAAAGGGAACAAUAACUAUCCCUUGUCAUGUUGAAGAAUUCAGAAACGUUCGUGGUUUGAUUGAUAGAGACAAAAAUCUUCAUAACCAUGGUGGUUGUUUUGGUUUUUGAUUUAUGAUGAUCUUAACUAUGAGAAACAACAAAAUUAGAACAAGGAAGAAAAAUGUUCUUCUUUUGAGUCUUGUGACCCUGAAAUCAUGGUCUCAUGUUUCCAAUGAUUUGGUCAUGUAAAUUUCUAGAUUUUAGAUUUGUUUUUUUAAUUAUAUAGUAUAUAAAGUAUAAACUUUUAUAGUUA